CUUUAGCCCCAUAUGACAUAUGAGAAUUCUUCAAACAGGACUUCAGGGACUUGGCUUCUUCAACCUCAUUCAGAGAAGGAAAUCCAAACCCCUCAGAACUUUCUACCUAGGCUUGUUUGAGAGCUCAAAGCAAGAAAAGGGAGAAAAUCAAAGAGAGAGAGAGAGAGAGAGAGAGAGAGAGAGAGAGGAGGAUUUUGAGGCAUGAAUCGAAGUGUCUUGCAGAGCUCAGUAGUGCAACAAUUGAUGGCCGGAAACCCUAACUGGUGGAACAAUAUUAAUAACAUGCGCCCACCAGCUCAACAACCCUCUCAUCCUCUCUUGCCUUCUUCCUCCUUCUUCCCACAGUACGCACCACCAUUUUCCUCACUGCCUCUAACCUCUUGCCAUGAUAACCAAGAGCUUCCAGAGUCGUGGAGCCAACUACUUCUGGGUGGAUUGGUUGGAGAAGAAGAUAGGGCUGAUCUGAAUCAAUUACAGUCUAAAAGGUUGGAUAAUUGGGAGGACCAAGUAUUGUUUCUGUCACCAAGUAAUGCUCCUGCCGUUGAUGUGAAGCAAGAGGCUUCCGAAAGUGAUUAUGUAUACAGUCACAGGAAUGACGAAUUGCAGGCAAGGGGACAGAAUAACAGCACUCCCAGAUCUUGUAUUACCAGUUUCAGCGGUAACAUGUUGGAUUUUUCUAACAAGAAGGGAAAUGAAAGGCAUCACCAACCAGAUCAUUCAUCUGAGUGUAACAGCACAGCCACUGGUGGGGCAUUUAAGAAGGCUAGGGUUCAGCCCUCUUCAAGCCAAUCUACCUUCAAGGUGAGGAAGGAGAAACUAGGUGACAGAAUAACAGCACUCCACCAGCUAGUUUCCCCAUUUGGAAAGACUGACACAGCUUCUGUCUUGUUAGAAGCCAUUGGAUACAUCAGAUUCCUUCAGGGUCAAAUUGAGGCUCUCAGCUCCCCUUACUUGGAUAGUAGAUCAGGAAACAUGAGGAAACAACUCUCUGUUCAAGGAGAAAGGAAUUGUAUAUUUCCUGAAGACCCUGGUCAGUUGCUGAAUGAUCCCUGCAUGAAAGGAAGUGGAGCUCCUGAACAGAAUGGUGAAAAUGAAGCCAAGAAGGACUUGAGGAGUAGAGGGUUGUGCCUUGUUCCUGUGUCAUGCACACUACAUGUGGGGAGCGACAAUGGGGCUGAUUAUUGGGCUCCGACGUUCGGUGGCAGUGGAUUCCGAUAGGUAGUGUGGAGCAAUCCUUCAGGGUUCAUGAUAAAAUGAUAUAACAUCACGAGCAGUCAAUCUGCUAAAAAUAUAAGGCUGAUUGCUCAUGAUGCUAUGCAUUUUAGAUGGAAAAUUAAUAGGUGCACUACUGAUAGCUAUCACUUGGGGUCUCAAGAAUCCCUACAUUUAAGAAAUUAAGAUAGCAAGCUAGAGGUUUGUUUGUUUUCUUCCUUAAUGGUACAGUGCCUUUCUGUAUAUGUAAUUCUAGUAGUAUGGAUAACUAUCUUAAAUCCCAUUCUUUUCACUGUUUUGAA